AGCCUGGGUCAAGACUACUUCGUCUUGGGGCUGUUUGGCGGGUGACCUGAUUCCCACCCUGGUUGAGCAGGUCCCUGCUGAACCCCGAGAUUCUCCGGGUGUCGCUGCGGAAGUCUGCGACGCGCAGGCAACGUGGCCACUGCAGUGGGUGCGGAUGUGUGUGGCAGCAUGAAGAACAGAAUCCCUGUGGUGCUUCUGGCCUGUGGUUCCUUCAACCCCAUCACGAAUAUGCACCUGCGCUUGUUUGAGGUGGCCAGAGACCACCUACACCAAACAGGAUUGUACCAGGUGGUUGAGGGCAUCAUCUCGCCUGUCAGUGACAGCUAUGGGAAGAAAGACCUGGUGGCUUCCCAUCACCGAGUAGCCAUGGCCCGGCUGGCCCUGCAGACAUCUGACUGGAUCCGGGUGGACUCCUGGGAGAGUGAGCAGGCGCAGUGGAUGGAAACAGUCAAGGUGCUGAGGUACCAUCACAGUGAGCUGCUCAGAUCCUCAGCCAAGAUGGAAGGCCCAGACUCUGGCAAAAUACCAUCAGCCUCUGCAGCACUGCCCCAGCUGAAAUUCCUCUGUGGAGCAGAUGUCCUGCAGACCUUCCAGACCCCCAACCUCUGGAAAGACGAGCACAUCCGGGAGAUAGUGGAGAAGUUUGGCUUGGUGUGUGUGAGCCGGCACGGCCAUGACCCGAAAGGGUACAUCUUGGAUUCCCCCAUCCUGCAACAGUUCCAGCACAACAUCCACCUGGUCAGGGAACCCAUUAAGAAUGAGAUCAGUGCCACAUACAUCAGGAAAGCCUUGGGCCAAGGGCAGAGUGUCAAGUACCUGCUCUCUGACGCUGUCAUCACAUAUAUCAGGGACCAUAGCCUCUACACCAAAGACAGUGCCUGGAAAGGAAGAGGAAAGUCUAGCUAGAGAGCAUCCUGGGGAGUGGGCCCUUAAGGGCUUCAGCUCGCUCUGGGUUCUGUGUUUCCCGUUCUGUUUGUUUUGUUUCUACAGUGGUAUUACUGUGGGUGGCUUCCUGCUCAAGAAGAGAUUGUCUCUAUGGCAGGGACAGUCAUGUGUCAGAGCAAUUUAAGUGGCGUGGCAGGUCAUGGGAUUAGGCAGAACCUCUCAGGGCCACUAAUGAGGAGAGCCGCUUACUCUGUGUGAAUAGUAAUUGUGGAGGGCACGCUGAAGCAAUUCUGAACAUGGCAGGCCCUGAAGGGUCAGAUCACAGUUGCCCUCAAGAUUAUUUUUUUAAGACUCAGGCCAGGUACAGCAUGCUGGUAUUGAUUGGCAGGAUUUGACAGGGUGCUAAUUACUGAACCAGGGGGCCUUUUCAAUGUCCUUGUUUCAAACAGUAAUACCAAGUAAGGCUUCAGAAAUCUGGAAACAGCACAUCAUUGAUUUCCAGUGUGUCCUCCCUUGCAAACCAUGGCCUGCCUGCCUGUGGUGUAGCGUUACACUCUUUCUGUGUGUGUUCAAACAGUAUGUGUUUAAUGUUUGUUUUAUUAUAUGUGUGUGCAGGCACAUGCACAUGCGUGUGGGAGGAGGUCAGGGAGACAUCAGAGUGCCCAAAGCCAGAGUUAUUGGCAGAUGUGAGCCACCUGUGGGUGCUGGAACCAAAUCCAGUCUGACGGGAGAGCAGCAACCACCCUUAACCACUGAGCCAUCUCUCUAGCCCCUCAGGCAAUAUUUUUUGAACCAGCGAGUAUUUUUACACUGCUAUAUUCUAAACACCAGGAUCACCAAUGUCCUGAUUCCUAAAAAGGAACUGAAGUAAACCAGAUGCCUGGCUGUUUUAGAAGCUCUUUUGAAUGUUUUAUGACUGCCCGCCUGUUUGAAUAUUGGCAAAAGGAUAAAUAAUAAAUUGACAUCAAAAAGUA